AUGACACGAUCAUUACCGGAUCUGAGCUUAGGCACAUUUAAUCCUGAGAUUGAAAGAACUAUUUCACGUAUUAGGCAAGCUCGACGUCGGUUAUUCUCCGAGGGUGAUGAAGGGGUUAUACCCAACUUACCAGUCUUAUCUGACGGUGAAUCUGACGCGUCAUUUGAGGAAGAAACAAGCUCUUCUUCUACUGAUUCUGUUGAUUUGAGUGCAGAGCCUAUCAAGCACCUUAGGGAUUUUCAGACAACUUGCUCAACUGCUAGGCGGCAUGGUGCCGAAGAGCGUGCCGUCUGGCUAUACGCCUUGCCAUUUUCUCUUGAGGGAAAGGCAAAGGAAUGGUUCUACACUCAACCUAAAGCUAUUGUUACUAACUGGGAUCUGCUCAGAAGGAAAUUCCUGGACAAGUACUUUCCGGCAGAGGUUACUGUUAGGCUGAGGAAAGAGAUUUCCUCUAUCAUUCAAGGAGAAGCAGAGACUCUUUAUGAGUAUUGGGAACGCAUCAGGAAUCUCCUGGAUUUAUGUCCUCACCCCAAGAUUAACCACUUGGUAUUGAUUAGCUAUUUCUUCCAAGGCAUGAAGCCUCAAAACAAGACUCUAUUAGAUGCUACAAGUAAUGGCUCUCUAACUAAGUACAAGACGGUGACUAAAGCGUGGCAACUGAUCACCGAUCUAGCUGAGUCUACCCGAAAUACAAGCCAACGGACUAAGCAUCCCAAGGUUAUUACAGAAGUUUCUUCUAAUAGUGAGACCGCUGCUCUCACUCAGACACUAGGAGAGAUGACCAACAUACUCAAGCAGCUCCAGCUUAAUCAACAACAACCUCUGCCUCCUCUGCUGCAACAUUGCCAACAACUAGUCCCUCAGAGAGUGUGUGGAAUAUGCGCUUGUUAUUCUUACUAUACUGAUGAAUGUCUUCAACUACAACAAGAAGACAACACCUUGGCGGCUACUCAUAAUUUCUACGACCUUCCAAACCAAGGAUACUAUCAGCAAGGCGGAUGGAGCAAUAAUUACAACCAAGGAGGCAGAGACAAUGAUAGAAGUCAAAGAUGGAAUAACAACAACAACUAUCAGCAGAACUGGAAUCAGCAGAAUGCUCCAUACAGAGCACCUCACCAAAGGCAAGCCCAAGCACCUCAAUUCAACCAACAACAAGCCCCUCAAAUUACCUACCUCUCUUCCUCUUCCAAUGAUGAGAUGCUUUGCUUUAUUGCGCAAGGACAAAAAGACAUUCAGAAUACAUUUUACUCUACCAUAAAUGGUCUUAACUCCAUUUUACAAGCUCUCAUCUCCCGGUUGGAACCACCUUCUACCCCUAACAAUCAGCCUUCAAGCUCAAAUGCACUUCCUUCUCAACCUUUACCCAACCCCAAAGGUGGAAUCAAUGCCAUCACUUUGAGGUCUGGCACUACACUGCAAGAGAGGAGUCCCGAGGAGUCAAGCUCAAAAGAAGAUAUUCAAGUUGAAGACAUUGUUGAGGUAGAAGAUGUAGAAGAGGAAGAUGAGGUACAAGGUACAGUUGCAAAAGAAGUAGCUCAAUCAAGGAAUGGAGUACCUAAGGAAGAUGAUCCUGUGAGAGAAGCCAUUCCCAUUCCUUUUCCACACCUUGCUAGGAAAACAAAGAAGCAAAUGGAGCUAGACCCCAAAAUGCGAUCCCAAUCCAUACAUGGUUACUUGCACUAUAGAGGGUGUAGAAUUUAUUGA